UUCCUCGUUCGUAAGCCUCUGAAAAUGUGUAUUUAAAGCAUGGAGCACCAACAAACUUCACUCUCUUCAUCAAGUGAGCAGUAGUUCAUUGGUGUUGUGCACUCGUUGGCAUGAAUCUUGUCUUGAUAAUUUUGUCUUCACUGGUCUCCCACGUGGCUUCGGUGGGAACAUCUGUGAUCACUCUCUUGGAUGAUGACAUGAGUGGUCACCCACUUUGCCAAGCCGAGGAUCUUCUGGCUUGCCAAAAGGCUCAAGUUGAUGUGGAUGGCGUCCUUAACAAUGAUCCCAUUAUCUUCCCAUAUGAACUUACCUUGGAAAAGACCAUGGAUUAUGAGGACGGGAGUGGCACAAGAGUCAUGGAGCUAAAGACGACUGAGGGGAAUUCAAGCAUGGCCUUGAUCACUAUCACUGACGAGAAGAUUGUCACCGUCAGCAUUGACACGUCUCAUGGGCUGGAUUUCAAUCUUCUCAAUUGCGGACCAGGCUUUUACUUGUGGCGGACGGUCAACGAGACUUUCUAUGACCACUUCGAUUUAAACCCAAAGGGUCUAAAUCAAACCGAUUCCAAUCGAAAGCUUGAUCCAGCUUUGACCCAACUGAUGGAGGAAUCUCGCCAGUCCAGUCAACAAGCCACCAUCACGAUUAAAUUAUACUACACUCCGGCUCUUCAAGACAGUCAACUGAAUGUUAGGGCAACUUUGGCCAACAAUAUUGCUCGCACUAACAUGAUCAUGCGCAACACAAAUAUUCCUCUAACAAUCCAAGGCAUUUGUCCCGAGCUUAUACCCGUCAGCGAGAUUGGAUCAGCACCAGCCAUCCUCAACAGAACUGUUCUUCAGUUUAACAAUUUGGACGAGCUCUAUGAUGGGGCAGAUCUGGCAAUGUUGGUGACUCUUGGUUGUGCAUUCCAAAGAGUUUGUGGUAUGGCAGCUACCAUCAAUGUUAUUAACCCCCUGUAUAAUUAUUAUGGGGUGCCAGUUCGUUUAGCUUGGACUAUCGCUCUUAUGAACCCAUUUUCCGUCUUUACCCACGAACUUGGUCAUCUGUUGGGAGGCUUGCAUAAUCGAGAAACGAUUAAUUGCCGUGGAAAUUGUCCUUCGACCGCCCUUGGCUUUUUGGUGCAAGGUCUUCCAUAUCACACUGUCAUGGCAUAUGAGAACAGCAAGCACCCUUUUCCCAUUGAUUACUUUUCUACUCCAACCCUGGGCUACAAUGAUGGGGCUAAUCCAAUUGGCACUCCCGUGGAUGAUGUUCGAAGUACCAUUCUUUCCACUCGUUUUCCAAUCAGUCGCUUAGGCAAUGACCAAUGUCAACGAGGUUGCUUUAACAGGGACACUUGGAGCACGUGUUGGGAUUGGCGACAAAGUGGCUACUGCCAGCACACCUAUGUGUCUUACAUGAGGGCCAAUUGUGCGCUUGUAUGCGGCUUUUGUUGAUCGACACACAAUUUGGAUAAAAGCAAAAUAACCGCUGUCAAUUGGCUUAACUAUGGUUUUGUUCAUUUCUAAAUUGUAUCAAAAUUUAAGCCACAUCGAGUUUC